GCAGCACAUACGGAAGUAAACAGGAAACGGGGCGAGUUUCCCCGCGAGUCGAGCUAACGCAAAUAGUUUGUAGAAGUUUUGUCAGGGACAAGACUUUUACAUUUGAUCCCAUAAUGACCUCCGUCCAAAGUAUGAGACGAUUUGUCUGUGACAGACUGACAGCGGCCGCCCAGGAGAUACUGGGAGUCUUUGAGAAGAAAGCGGAGGCGUAUGAGGCUGAAAUCGCUCGCCAGCGGAAACUGUUGGAGCUUGUUUUAACACCAGAGAUAAGAUUACAUCGGACAGGUUGGAAAUCCAUUUUUUUUUUCAUUUAAAACUUUGGUUAUCAAGUCAAUUUGUGUAGUACAGGUGCCUAAACAGACAUUUUUGUUAUGCUGGGUUACUUUCCGGGUCAAACAAGUCUGGCCGGUUGUUCAAUAGGGAAACAUUGUGAAGUAAUUAUACUUUUAAAGUGAUAAAACAUUUAAAUCAGUUGACAAGUUACAGAUUAGUACGUCGAUACACGUUUAAAGUUAAUCCCACGUGAUGGAAGUCGUUGCUGUUCUUUGAACCCGGCCCCUGGGGAACUUCGACACACGUGUUGAUUACACCCUUACCUCAAACUAACACGCCCUUUUCAACAGAGGUCAAAGGUCCUUGGAAGGUUCUGUGUAGGCCUACAGACAAACAAGUAGGGGAUACUGGGUUAAGUUGAGCCAAAGGGUAAGUUGAGCCACCCCCUGUUGCUUGGAAAUGGUCAAAGAAAUUGAUCAUGUGACCAAAUAUUAAGGAGAUGGGCAUCAAUUCAUGGAGUCUGUGAAGGUUAAAAGCACAUGGAUGAAGGGGUUAGACAUUUAUUUACAAAAAAACAUUUUUCACUCUUGAAAGUGAAUUUAUUUUGUCACAAGUUUUAUUAGAAUUGUGUUCAGACCAAAAAAAAGAUCAUUUUAAAUUUGUUUUAUACAUCAAUUGUGGUAUCUAUGAGCCACAACAUGAGGUCAAACACCAGGAAUAAAAGUCUACCAUUUUAACUUAGAGGACUAAUAAAGUCACUAUAGUAGUUCAGGGGUAAGUUGAGCCAUUUGGCCAGGGGUAAGUUGAGCCAGUGGCUCAACUGAGAAAGUAAAGGAGUCUGAUGAGACGAUCAGAGUUUCAGUUCAGAUUGUUGAAAUGUGUUACUUUUUCUUUUCAAAAAUACAGCUGUGAAUGUUCUGAAUCACUUAAAGGCAUUCUCAUGUUAAAAUGGCUUUUUACAAAACAGGUUUUUAGCAGUUUUAUGCAAUAAUAAUAAAAAGAAUUAUUGUACCAGUUGAAUAGUGUAAAAUACAUAAUGUAAAUGUAAAUGUAAUGUAAAUAGAUAGUGCAAAAAUACACAUGAAUGUGAAGGAGCGACUGUUAUUUAGGGAUGGAAAAAGGUGAGGGAGGGCUGGGGUGGAGAGUUGGGGGGGGUAGUAGGGAUACGGCUGAACUUACCCCGCUCCUAUGGUCAACUUACCCCAUGGCAUGCUAAAUUAUCAAGACAGUUAUGUUUACACUCAGUCUGUUGGUUUGUAGGGAUGCACAACAUCUUAAAAUAUAUGCAGGUACACUAGUUAGAGACAAAACUAUGGAUACCUUGAUGUAGUGAUCCCAAAUAUGAAAAAUGGCUCAUCUUACCCCAAUCUCCACUACUAUAUCCUUGGUUAUAAGUUUGAGGUCCUUUUACGUGAAUAUUUAUGUACCGUUUGUUCGUAUACGUAUACUUAAUAAUCAGAGCCAAAUAUUCUGCUCACAAUUAUAGUGUAUAUCAAUCAGUCUCUAUUUGUAUAGCACUUUUCAUACACAACCGAUGUAGCACAAAGUGCUUUACAGGAAUAAAAGAAACAAAGAAUACCCUGAUCUACCCCAGCCCAGCCCCUCAUUCCCACUCCGUGAUCUAAGAACAAAUGGAAACAAGUAUUAAAAUGCAUGAACUUGAAAAGGGUUCGAUUUGUAAAGUGUAAAGUGCACACCGAGGAAACGCCAUUUUUUAAACUCAAGAUAAGCAAACACUGGAGGCUUGGUAAAAAUCAAAAAACAAAGUAAACUAAAAUAAAAUUUAAGAAAUGAUAGAUAAAAUAAGAUUAAAAAAACAACAGUAAAAGAUAUUAAAAUAAGAGCACCAAAUAGCUAGAUAAAAAAUAAUCCUGUCAUUAAAAGUAGAGGAGAUAAAUGCUAAAACACAUUAAGAAAGUUAAUGAUGUAAAUUUUUUUAGUUAAAAACAAGACCAAAAAGGUAAGUUUUGAGUUUGCUUUUAAAAUCAUUAAGAUUAGGUGCAGUCCUCAGGUCUUCAGGCAAGCUGUUCCAUAGUUGGGGGCCGUAGUAAUAAAGAGAUUCCUCACCAUAUGUCUUGGUUUUAACUUGAGGUAAUGUUAACAGAGAACUGCCUGAAGACUCUACCUGGAUCAUAAGAUAAAAGCAGAUCAGAUAAAUAAAAUGGGCCAAAGCCAUUAAGUUGGAAGUAUGCAGCGAUUGAAAAAAUGUCAACCCCUGUGACAACAAUAUCAACGAGGUUGUUUGGGGUGUUUUUUAAAUUGCUGAAUGUUAUCAAAGUCACCAGGGCUUCAUCACGCUAUUGUUUGACCUCUUGUCAAGAGUUUUUUGACAUGUAUAAAAUAGACUGAAAUUCAUUUUUAUGGCUUUUUAUGAUUUAUAAAAGCAAACAAGACCAUUGAGGACAAUAUAGAUAGUUUUAUAUCAAAAAGUUUACUGCCUGAAAUGGAUGCAAGGGGGUAGGUGUUAACCAGGGAGAGGGUGAGGGUCUCACUAACAGAAAAAGGCUGCUGCGAUCUUAAUUGCUGAGGAUUUGUUUGUUUCAUCCCAAAGUCUAGGUAAAGUUUAGUCCAAAACAUGAGACGAUAAUUAAUAAUUUUUUAAUUUUAAGGGUGAGAAACUGAUUUUGUUACUUGACAGCACUGAAGGAUGCUCCAAGAGUGUGGGGUAUCAGAGAGUAAGUGGUUCGUUAAAAAGAUUAUAGCUGAGGUUUAACGUUUCUGAAUGAGGGUAAAAUGAGGGUUCUUGCAGACACCAGACAUAGAGAAGUAAUUUACAUAUUUUAAAUAAUGUAAAGCUGUAAUAAAGCUAUCAGAACAACAUUAUAGGGUUUAAACUAGAGUGUAGUUUCUCCAUUUUGUACUACAAUUAAAUCUGAGGCCAUAGUAGGUCAGAAACAUCCCGGGUUGAUUUUUUUUUUAUUUCAGUAAAAAAUUGAAACCAUAAUAAACAGCAGAGAGACUAAUGGGUUUAUAUUUUCAGGCCACUAAAUAAUGGGUAAAUAAUGUCAUUCCAAUCCGGACUGUUAAUUAUAGACAUUCUUCUUCAAAAGUAGUUGUUUAAGACCCCUACUCUUCAUGCACAGGGUAUCCUCAUUACUCUAUUUCUCUCUCCUUCUCUUCAGAGGUCCCACAGAUAUCAGUUCGCAAAGUGGAGGAGGAGGUUUGCCUCAUCCAGCAGCUGAACGUUAACAGUGACACCAGCUCCAGUUCGGAUCCAUCAAAUCCUCCACCAGUAAAAGAGGAACACGAGGAAACAUGUGUCACUCCACAAAAAAAACAGCCUGCACAGGAAAAGGAGGAUAAUGCAUCGAUCUCGAAUCCAACUUGUGAGGGGAGUGUCCAGAGCGAGCAGUCUCAGUCUUCGGACGCCAACCAAAGUUUAGUAAAUGAAGACCCACAAUCCAGUGCAGCAAACAAAGAUGUAACAUCUGGAUCUGAGAGGGAGAGCUCUGCACCCAGCAAUGACCAGCAGCUUGUUUCUCAGCAAUCUAGUGAAAAGGGGAGCCAAGACCAAAGUCAGAGUGCAGUAGCCGUUAGAGAUACAGGGAAAAGCAACGAGGAGAGCACGACAUCAGCUAUAAGUUCUGAACCGACAUCCAGUGAUCAAAGUAACACUGAGAGCACAACGGCAGCUGAAGGCGCAGAGCUAACACCAACUGACAAAGGUAUUGAAAAGAACUCAAACACAGAUAGAAACAGCGAGUCAACACCAGAGAGCAAGAGCAAUGAUGAGAGCACAAAGUUAUCAAGUACGCAGCCAAAACCAAAUACCAAGCACAGUGACAAUAGAAUAUCGGCUGCAGGUACUGAAACAGAGCCACACAAGGAACAUAAUGGCAAGACGUCAUCACACGGAUUUAAGGGGCGAUCACCCCACAAGAAACGUAUCGAUGGGAGCAAAACAUCUGUUAACACUAAGAUAACACAAUCUAAGAAGGGUAACUUUGAAGAUGCAACUUCAGGUGAUGAGGCAGCGUCAAAGAAGAAAAGUGUAGACAAGACCACAACGUCAAAUAAAAGUUCUGAGGCAACGCCAGUCAAUAAAAGCAACAAAAAGAGCACGCCUACUAAGAGUACUAAAACAACAUCAAGUAAGACAUGUACCCUAGAGACUACGGCAUCAACUGAAGGCACUGAACUAGCUGUUGAUAGAAAUCAUGAGAAACAAGCAAAAAAUGGACAAAGCAAAUCACCAGUAAAAAGGAAAAGCUCAACUACAAGUGAAACACCAAAGAAUAAUAGCAACAGUGUGAAAACAACGUCAGCUUCAAGUCCUGCAGCAGCACCUGAGAAGAGACACAAAAGUGGGAAGACUUCUUCUGCUGGAAGCGUUGAGCCAGCAUCAGCUAAAAGAUCAGAACCAAAGCCAAACAAGAAACCUCAUGAUGGGAAAAUAGCAAACACUAAGAAUACACAGAGUAAGAAUCAAGACGUCAAGAAGUCAGCACCACCUAAGAAACAAAGUGACAGGAGCACAUCAUCCAAAAGAAGCGCUGACCCACCUCCAAAGAGGAAGGAUGCUAACACAUCAGAUGAGAGUGCUGAGGAUGAUGACAAUCCCUACAGGUGUGACCGAUGCGGGAAAGUGAUGACUAAUUUCAAAAACUACAAGUUCCACAUGAAAUCUCACACUGUUGAUAAGACGCAUAAAUGCAAGACUUGUGGGAAAAUGUUCAGGGAGCGCUGGGAUUUGAAUAAACAUGUAGUGGUUCACGCUGAUGACAGGCCUUACAAAUGCGAAGUGUGCGGGAAAGGCUUCAACUGGCAGUACAAUUAUGAUCUGCACAAACGUGUUCAUACUGGGGAAAGGCCCCACAAAUGCGAUGUCUGCGAUAGAAAUUUCAUCUCAGGUAUGAACUUGAAGAAGCACAUGAGGGUUCACACAGGGGAGAAGCCAUACAAAUGCGACGAGUGUGGGAAGGGAUUCGCUUCUUGUUCAGCAUUUAAAAUCCACCUGCGUGUGCAUUCAGGGGAAAAGCCGUACAAGUGUGGGGUUUGCAAGAAAGGAUUUGCUACAAAUACAACAUUGAAAAGGCACACCAGGACUCACACGGGGGAAAAGCCCUACAAGUGCAGUGAGUGUGAAAAGGCAUUUGGGCACAAAACAGACUUGAAAGAACACUUACGGAUACACACUGGGGAGAAACCCUACAAAUGCACCAUAUGUGGAGCACAGUUCUCCACCUGGUUGAAACUCAACAGACACAAGAAUUUUCACAAACGUGAUAAACAAAGCUCAUCUGCUUAAAAACAAUAGUGUCAUCUGACACACAAUACUGAUGACAAAAGGUCAUGAAUGGCUUGUACAAUCACAAAAAUCUUAAUGUCACUGCAGCAGAACUCAAGAUAUCAUCCUGUAGUUCCACAAUAGUUUUGCACUGCAGUUGCAAAUGGUUGUCUGAAAUUUGGUUUUGCACACAUGCAUUCCCCCAAGACUUCAAACAUUGUUGGGGUUUCUCUUGUGAAUAGAAACAUACUCGCUUGGUUUUGUUGUAGGGACUACAGAAUCAGGAUAACAGGGAUAAAAAGACUGAUUUUGGUUUUACUAGGGGUUCGAAUGUUCCAAACACUUGAUGGACAAGACUAUCACGAGAAGGAUAAAAUAUUGUCAGAAACAGAAGUUUCAAAUAUCACAGUGAGAAUCUGGUUUUAUGUAAUCAUAAGGUUAGUUGUGAAUUCUCGCCAAGCUAUUUCACAAGCAGGAGUUGAUCUAAUCUUGUGCUGCACUGUUUGUUCUACAGAUUGAUUUGAGAAAACCUUUUACAAUUUUUAAUCAUUAAGGGUAAGAAUUUAAGGGGAUAUGUUAAAAAGGACUCUCAUGUAUGACUUUAUUUCAUAACUCCACGUGUUUAGAGCCUUAUAAUGUUUCUUAAUGGUUCACUUGAUACAAAAGAAAUGGAUGACAUGUCUAAAAUGUUUAUCCAACUUAUUUUUAUUGUUGCUGAUUGUAAGAACAAAAUGGAAAAAAGUGCCUUGUUGCCGUUAUGAUGCCUUAAUUCUGAUUAUCAGUUCUUUCAGAAAUUGCUUACUGCUUUUCUAUUGUGUAGAAGUUAUUUCUUUACAGCCUACCAAAGUAAUGAAUUGUAAGUCUAUGAUUCUACAAUACUCAAUAAAUCUUUAUUAGAGGUUUG